AUGGCUGUCGGGGCUUCUAGAUCAGAGCUUCUGGAGUGGAUUAAUACCACAUAUCAGCUCAAAUAUACCAAGAUCGAGCAGUGCGGUAACGGAGCCGUAUACUGCCAGAUAUUUGAUUCCAUUUUUGGAGACUUGCCGAUGGGGAAAGUCAACUUCAAUCCCACCUCAGAUUAUCAAACUUUGACCAACUACAAGAUUCUGCAGAGUGGGUUUUCGAGGCACAAGAUUACCAGAGAAGUUCCUGUGGAACGACUGAUGAAAUGCCGCCUCCAGGAUAAUUUGGAAUUUCUUCAAUGGAUGAGCAGGCUUUGGUCAGAAAAUAAACUGGACGAUUACGAUCCCACGGCACGCAGAAAAGCACCGUUGCCUCCAUCGACCGCAGGAACGUCGUCGGGCAGUCGGCGUGUAUUUUCCAACUCGUCAGCAAACGGUAGCCACUCAGGCAGCAGAAGAACGUCUCUUACUGGAUCGGCUCAGAAAGUCAGAGAGCCUUUGCAUUCAAAGCCAACUUUGAGCUAUUCCAGCUCACGUGUAUCCUCAGGAUAUGGCCCUGGCAUUCCAUCCGGCCUUCAAGAAGAACUGAAGAACCUGAGAGCUCAGGCGGAAGAAAUGAAGCUGGUCCAAGAAAGCUUGGAGACAGAAAGAAACUUCUAUUUCAAUAAACUACGAGACAUCGAAAUCCUCACACAAAAUCUCAGCGAGAAGCUGCAAAACUCUGAGCCAGUCGAUGUUAGCAUGGAGCAGCUAGUAUCUCACAUCCAGGAAAUCUUGUAUAGCACCACUGAGGGUUUCCAAAUUCCUAGCGAAGAUCAAACCGAUGGCCCAGGAAAGGAGAACGAUAUAAAGAUGGGCGACGAGGAGACCUUCUAG